AUGUCUCCAGGAGCUCAACCAAACGCUGAAGCAGGUCCAUCCAAUGAGGGGAAGAAGAGAUCAAAGCAACCUCAGCUGAGCUGUGCAGAAUGUCGAAGACUCAAGCUCAAGUGUGAUAGAGAGAUUCCAUGCUCAAAUUGCAUGAGAAGGAAGUGUGCAGAACUGUGUCCUGAUGGUGUCAAGGAAUCUCGAAGACAGCUGUUCGAUGUGAAAGCGACUGAGAACCUACAAAAACGUCUAUCUACCCUUGAGUCAUUAUUAGCAGAGCAUGGAGUACAGGUGCCGACUUCACCUGAUACAGUCAAUGAAGAUCAAUCUCCAAAGGUGACUGGGAAAAGAAGAAGACAAUCAGAAUCAUCUCACAGCAUAGAGCACCAUCAUCAUACAUCCUUGCAUCAUCCUCGACCCCAUCAGCAUCACAGCGGAAAGUUAAUAGAAUCCUCUUCGUCGCCUAGAUAUAGAUCACCAUCCAUCAAUGCCCGACCACCCAUAUCAGCUACUCGAGAGUACCCUUACACCUCUCCCAGAGAUUCCGACUCGGUGUACUGGGACAGGAACAAUUCAGACUAUAGCAGACUACCACCGCCGCCACCUGCCCUUCCUGCUCCUUUACAGCACCCUGGUUCUAGUCCACAUAAAUCGUCAGACAUGAUACCUGGAAGUUCGCUGAAUCCCGCUGGGAUCCAUACUCCUCGUUCACCGGUUGGACAUAGUCAUGGAACGCUGGUACUGGGCCAGGAAGGAAGGUCGAGGUAUCUGGGUCCAACAGCAGGGACGGAAUGGCUGAAGAAUCAAGAAAUGGGUGAUGCCCACUCACCUACACCUCAGCGCAGUCCCUCACCAGAAGAACAACAGCCUCAACAGAAUGAUAUAAUUGGGGGGAAGAAAAUCUCAACGGAGCAGAUGCUAGCCUUCCCCUUCCCCUUAUCUAAUGGUACUUUUACCAUGGAAUCGCUCUUAUCACAAUUACCACCCAAGGAUGAUGCGGAAGUGCUGAUGGAUAGCUAUUAUCGUUAUUUUGCUUGGAAUCACGACACCGUUCCACGUCGAUUCUUCCAGCCAGUGUUCGACCGUAUAUUCCAGAACAUCUCAACGAAGAACUACAGAUCGGUCCAUCCGCAGCAACUAGCUCUCCUAUAUGCGAUCUUAGCGAUGGGCACAUUGCAGAAUCUAGAAUUACCUCCCAAUGACCCUACGGCGGAUGAGUAUCUUUUGUUGGCGAAAAGCUGUCUAACUAAAGGGGACUUCCUGAACAACAAUACGAUAGCUGGAGUUCAGACGCUAAUCGUCAUGGCUCAUUAUCUGUUGGAGACGGAAAAGGGUAGAAAUGGUGAUUCAGCUUGGCCUUUAUGGGGUUUAGCGAUGAGGAUCAUAGUCGCUAUGGGUUUACAUCGGGAUGGAGCCAGGUGGAACCUGCCCGCUGAUGUGGUUGAAGAGAGAAGACAGGUAUUUUGGGCAGCGUAUGCUAUAGAGAUCCUACAAGCCAACUGUUUUUCGCGACCUACUUCAUUGGCACUCCAGUACAUCGAUACAGCUUUCCCCAAUGGACCAUCGGACCACCCAGCAGGCUCAAAGUCGUAUCAGACAUUGCGGUUCGAGUUGAUCCAAUUAUCUGCUAGGAUCUUGGACACAGGGAUGUCUGUCCAAUUCGAAUCAUACGAUACCAUCCUCUCCCUCUACACCCAACUAUGCACGUUCGAGCGCUCCAUCCCAUUCGAGCUCAGAUGUCGGACUGCGAUGUUGUCCCUACCCAGUGAAUAUCCAGAUACCGACACAGCCAUCAAACAAUCGCCUGAAAUCACGAGACGAAAUCUCAAGAAGACAUUCCAACAGUUUACGUUAGCAUUGAAUAUCUCUGAACAUGUCCUGUUCCUCCAUAGACCAUACUUCGUCAUGGCUAUGCACGAUCAACCACAAGACCCAACGAGGAGUGUCUAUGGGAGAUCGUAUUUAGCUGUUAUCGAAAGGUGUAGUGUCAUCAUACAGAUCGUCUCUGCAUUAUACGAAGUACAUCCAGCUGUGUCAUCAAGACAGUGGUUCCUGUGGUACCACAUAUUCACCGCUGCCGUCUGCCUCGGUACGAUGGUUCUUCGUAAUCCCACCUCCGUCCUAUCGCAAUUCGCCAUAACGUCCAUCGACCAAAGUAUCAACGUCUAUUCGCUGUUGAUCAAGCAAAAUAACACGACGUCGAUGGUCCAGAAUCACGAUUGGUUAUGUCGAUUGAGGAAAAGAGUCUUCAACAAAGUUUUGGUGGCUGCUCAAUCCCAACCUCAAUCUCAGUCGCAGCAGGAUGAGCAAGAUAUCAAUGGAAGACGAAGUUCUCUAGCGAGCGAUCAUAGCCAAACUGCAGUCAAUGGGAAUGGAAAUGGAAAUGGUAGCACAGAAGAAGAUAUGGAUAUAGUAGGAUGGAGAACGAGGUUGAUCGAAAGUGCUUCUAACGGUACACAGAUCGGUAUCAACAUCUCUUCUUCUUCGAGACCACCCAAUCAACAGCAUAUGAAUUCAGAUACGAAUCAUAUAUAUACCCCACCACAUUCCUCCUCUGAUUUUGACCAUGAACAAUGGAGUAGCUCCGGCCGUACAGCAGGGAUGGAAGCCUCGACGGAUCUCAUGUUACACCAAUUCUGGGACCCUAUGAUGAUGAAUGAUUCGAAUGAUCUAGCUUCUGCGAAUUGGUGGAGCUGGAUGUAA